UAGAAACGACUCCCCUGUGUGGAGUGGCGUUAUUUACGAGAGAAACAAGGCGAAGAGGAUAAGAGGCAUGUCUCCAGAGGAUGGCCUCCAAAGUGCCCCCCUUGGUUUCAGCGCUGUCACGGAGGAUUUCACUCUGAGUCGUGGAGAUCUAGACAACAGUCGUGAACCUGGUGGAAGGGCCAGGGCACGCAGCAGUCUGCAUACAACCCCAGAGUCUGGGAUCAGCUGUCAUGGAGACUUUGCCAGUAAAAAGAAUACUUUCCUGAAAAUACUGAUGGAUGCAGAAGCAGCUGCCAAUUCUGCAGCAAUCCAGCUAGUGUCUUUUAAAGAUGCCAUGGACGAUGAGUAUGCCGUUUCGAAACACUCUACCAAAGAUAAACGCCAAAUUGCAAGACAGCGUGGGCUUUUGCUGGAAAAGCUGGAAGAGUUUAGACGAAUUAAUAAGUCUGUGCGGCAGAAACUGAAACAGCUCCAAGAAGCAGAGGCUAAUCGAAUUGGUACAGACCAGCAGAUUGACACCCUGCUGAACAAGAUCACGCAGGCUGAAAGUGAAAAUAAGCUUUUAAAAAAAGACUUGAGUGAGAGUGAACAGAAAGUCAGAGAGCUGAUGGAUCUGCGGAGAGCAGAGCAGGAGAACAUAAAGAGUGCAGUUCACGUGACUAAGUCAGUGGAGGCAACGCGUGCUCACCUGCAAGGGCAGCUACGCAACAAGGAAGCUGAAAACAACCGCCUCGCUGUACAGUUACGGGCUCUAGAGAGAACUAUAAUUGAGCAGAAGAUGGAGAUUGAUGAUCUGAAGGGGUCCAUCACAUCUCUGUCUGUGAAGGCAGCGCAGGACAAAGAAUCUCUGAAGAAAGCCACCCGAGCACAGAAACUGAGAGCGGAGAGAUUUGAAGCAGCUAUUGAGAAAUGCUACGCGCAGCUGAGGGAAAAGGAUGCUCAGCUGGCCAAAGCCCAUUCAGAGAGAGACUUGAGGAGACAGCGGAAGGAGCAGAUGACAGAUGAGAAAGACAAACUUGUUGCUGAUAUAGACUUAUUGAAAAGUCAAAUUGCAGACUUGACGGUGAGACUGCAGAAGGAGAAGGAUGAGCUGACUGCAGCAAAUGAAACUCUGAUGCAAAAGCUUGAAAAACUCAACACGGACAACGGAGAACUCAGCAUCAAUAAUGCAGCACUCAAGGAGUCUGUAACUCAGCUGGAGCAGCAGCUCGCCGAUUGUGAGUCUGCCCUCGUAGAGGAGAAGAUCGUCUCACAGGAGAAGAAACAUCAAGCUGAACAGUGCCAUUGUCAGGUUGCACAACUUCAAGCUGAACUCCAUGAUUUAAAGAUGAAAUAUAGAAAUCUUUUAAGAGACACAGAGAAGACACGAGAAGGAAAAGACACAGAAGUUGAGAAGGUGAGGCAGGAGCUGCAGAGGCGUGUGGAGGAACUGGAGGCUUACCCUGAGUUACUGAGUGCAGCUGAGCAGAGUCUCUUUGAGUGCCAGGAGAACCUGCGACGCUCGGAGAGGAAGUGCUCAGAAAAGUCAGAGUCCAUUAGGCAACUGCAGGUUAAGAUGGAGAGUCAAAGCAAACUGCUGAGUUCAUCUGCAGAGAUGAAAGAAUCCAUUCAUGAGUCCAAUUUACAAUUGCAGGAAAAAGUGAUUUCUCUCCAAAAAGAGAUGGACAAGCUGCAGCAGGAGAACCUGGAGCUGGUGCGGAGGCUGGCAGCUCAGGAGGAAGCUCUCAGCUACAGUAACCGGCAGCUGGAUCAGCGCUCGUCAGAGUGUCAGGCCCUCAGCCGACAGCUGGAGGCGGCUUUAGCGGACGUCAGACAACAGGUCAGUAAGGUAAAAGAACAGGCCAUUUCCAGAGAAGAAGCUCUUCAAACAAAAAUCCUGGAGCUGGGAGCCGAGAAGAGCAGAAGGGAUAACGAACUGAGGCUCCUUCGCCAGAGUAAGCUCACUGCAGAGAAGCAGUAUGAGGUGCGUCUGAAGGACCUGCAGCUCAGCCUGGACCAAUCAGAGAGCCACAAGCGAAGCAUUCAGAAUUAUGUCGAUUUCCUUAAAAACUCUUAUAAGGCCAUGUUUGAUGAAGGACUGCAAACAUCAACUUUUGGAUCAUCUUAUUUUCCGAAAUGAUGAAGGGCAGACUAGUUGUUCACAGCAGUGUCCUGCUGCCUUGAUUCUCCUCGGUUUGGCACAGCCCGACACGGGCAGCGAGAAUUCAUGCGGGCACAGGGAGAUACAUCCGACUGCACCAUCAAUGCAAGUACACUGGUGUUUGCAGUUUGGAUGGAAGGUUUCCCCGUUCUGGUAAAUCUUGCUGUUGUACUCGCAUGUUCUCCCAUUUAAUUGGGCUGUUAAAGGGAAGCAGAGAAAGGCUGAUGUGAGAAAAAGUGAGAUUUAUAUAACAAAAAAGGCAGAAGAGAGAAAAGAAGUCGGUGUACCUCGACAGACGCCCUUAUCCAACCCAUAUCCACGUCCAAAGUUGCACUCCAGUCCCUUCGUAGCGUCACAUGGAUGUGUCUUGCUGCAGUCUUCAAAGAGCUGUCGGGCACAAACCUUACAGCAUCCACAGCUGUCCAGCAUGAGGCUGACUCCAGCUGCACAUGUUGGGACUUUAAGGGGACACCGGCAGUCAUUUGGACAUGCGGCCGACACCUGGGGUUAGAGCAAACAUCCCACCUUUGUAAUCAACAUUUUUUUCACCCAAAUCUAUCCUUACAUGACAGUACGCAGUAGGUAGAGUUUUUUUUCCUCACCAGUGUAAUGCAGAAGAUCUCAACAACAAAGACUUUCCACAUCUUCUUAAGCUGAAGCAAUCUAUCCCGAGUGAAUAAAACAGUCUUCUUGAUAACACAGCAGCCCUGAGAUGAUGAGUUUUUGCUCUCUCUGUCUUUGAGAGUCCCCGUCUGCUUUUAUCCACUUUAACCAGAUCUGACGUAGGCUAAAGAGGUGUCCCGAAACUAUGAGAGGAAUGCUUCUCCACGCUUCCUCCCAUAAGCCCAGCAGACGUCCCCCCCCUCUUGCACUCAGUGUGCCAAGAACCACCCUGUGCAGCUUCCUCCUCUGCCAGGGCUUUCUCUCCACUUUCAUCAUGUAAUGUUUUAUUUUAUUAUUUCCAACCAAAGGGAUAUUUCUGACUUUUCUACCAGUAAGAAGAU